CGGCCCCCCGGCCCGCAUGACAUCAUCGGGACGGCUCGGGAUCGAUCCCCGCCGGCCGCCGGCUCGGGCGGGCGCUCCUCCGCGGCGGCCGCCGCUGCCGCCCUGCGCACCCAGGGGGAACGCCGGCCCUGCCGCGGACGGAACGGGCUGACAUCGGAUCCAUCCCCUCCGCCAUGAAACAAGAGCGCUGACGGCUCUGCGCCGGCUUCGGACUGCGCGUCGGGAAGCCGCUCCGCGGGCUGCGAGGGGCGAAGGUGCGGGGUUCUCACGGCCCCGCGGCGAAUGCGCCCUCCACGAACAACGGCACUUAUUAAGGAGUCCUGCCUGGCUCGGGGGUCAGGAAGAAGGAAUUCACCAGGUGGGAAUCGGGAGAAAAGAAAAGGAGCCACGAGCGGGAAGAUCAAGAAGCAGCAGCUGAAGAAACCGCCCGGUCCCUCUCCUGACAGGCUGCAACGCGCAACGCGGCGGGCGCUUCCAGACCCCUAUUGUAAACGAAUGGAGCGGGAGGGGGAGUCCAGAGGCAUACACAAGGAGCACAGGACCUAAUUCCUUUCCCUCCCUUUCCUCACUGGCUUGCCCAGACUCGCCAAUAAAUCCAGCUCGGCUAUGCAUCGCGAUGGGAACGUGCUGCCAAGGAGGCUGCCUUCCCGUCACUAAGGAUGCUGCCUUCCCCUCACUGAGGAGGCUGCUGCUGCUGCCGCCGGGGCUGCCCGCACACCGCUGAGGACGCCGCUGCCGCCGCGGAGGUUGCCGUGCCCUCACUGAGACAGCCGCAGCUGCCGCCGCCGAGGCUGCUGUGCCCUCAUCGAGGCGGCCGCCGCCGCUGCGUUACUGGGAGAGAUUGUGGCGCUGCGACAGGGGAGGACGGGGCUCGGCGCGCAGGGGGGAGGCGCGGGGAGCAUGCGCCGCCAGAGCCGCUGACUGGAUCCUCAGCCAAGGUACCGAGGUAAAAAAAAAAAAAAAAAAAAAAAAAAAAAAAAAAAAAGGAAAAAAGGAAAAAGAAAAGGAUUGAGAGAAAGAAGCAUGAAAGACAGCAGAGGAGAACAGAAAAGACUGCGAGGAUAAAGCAGCCCUCGGUCGGCGGCAAGCAGCAGCUCUGGCAUGUGGGGAUCUCUGGCACCAACAGAUAUUUUGAUGGCAUGACAAAUCAGAAAGAAGAGGAUGUACUGUAUGACUAGACACAAGAUCAGUUCUGUUUGUGGAUUACAUUUUCAGUAAGAUGUAUGGAUCUAUUUUUUCCUUGUUCUUAAAUAUAGAUCAUGAGACUUGACUGAGGCAAUAUACAUAUCAUCCAUCCAUCUAUGGCGAACUACAGCCAUGCAGCUGACAACAUUUUACAAAAUCUCUCUCCUUUAACAGCUUUUCUGAAACUGACUUCACUGGGUUUCAUAAUAGGAGUCAGUGUUGUGGGUAACCUUCUGAUCUCCAUUUUACUAGUCAAAGAUAAGACCUUGCAUAGAGCUCCUUACUACUUCCUGUUGGAUCUUUGCUGCUCAGAUAUCCUCAGAUCUGCAAUUUGUUUCCCAUUUGUUUUCACCUCUGUGAAAAAUGGCUCUACUUGGACGUAUGGGACUCUUACUUGCAAGGUGAUUGCCUUUUUGGGGGUUUUGUCCUGCUUUCACACUGCUUUCAUGUUAUUCUGCAUAAGCGUCACAAGAUACUUAGCUAUUGCCCACCACCGUUUUUAUACAAAAAGACUGACCUUCUGGACUUGUUUGGCUGUUAUCUGUAUGGUUUGGACUCUCUCUGUAGCCAUGGCUUUCCCCCCAGUUUUAGAUGUGGGCACCUACUCGUUCAUUAGGGAGGAAGACCAAUGCACUUUCCAGCACCGUUCCUUCAGGGCUAAUGAUUCCUUGGGAUUUAUGCUUCUUCUUGCUCUUAUCCUCCUAGCCACACAGCUUGUCUACCUCAAGCUGAUAUUUUUUGUUCACGAUCGCAGGAAAAUGAAGCCAGUCCAGUUUGUUGCAGCAGUGAGCCAGAACUGGACUUUUCAUGGUCCUGGAGCGAGUGGUCAAGCAGCUGCUAACUGGCUGGCUGGAUUCGGAAGGGGUCCCACACCUCCAACCUUGUUGGGAAUCAGGCAAAAUGCGAACACCACAGGCAGGAGGAGGCUACUGGUUUUAGAUGAGUUCAAAAUGGAGAAGAGAAUCAGCAGAAUGUUCUACAUCAUGACAUUUCUCUUUCUGACCUUGUGGGGUCCCUAUUUGGUAGCCUGUUACUGGAGAGUUUUUGCAAGAGGGCCUGUAGUACCUGGGGGAUUUCUAACGGCCGCUGUCUGGAUGAGUUUUGCCCAAGCUGGAAUCAAUCCUUUUGUCUGCAUUUUCUCCAACAGGGAGCUGAGGCGCUGUUUCAGCACAACCCUUCUUUACUGCAGAAAAUCCAGGUUACCAAGGGAACCUUACUGUGUUAUAUGAGGGAGCAUCUGUAAAUCUUUAGCCUUGUGAAACACUACCAUUCUCUGCUAAGCAAUUGUGGCCUGUAGCCAUGUCUUGAGGAGAAAAUCAAGAACGGGAUGUCAGCAGCUGUAAGGAUUUGGGCAACAUUCUGCAGUCUUUGCAAUAGCUCACCUCUAAUCCUGUUUUAAACCUAAACAUGUUCCUGCUGACCACUGCUGAAGGUUUGUAAUUAAGAACAAAGGACUGAACUACUGCCCUGAAUUCCUUUAUGUGGUUGAAAUCUAGAUUAUGAAAGUAGCAGGUGCUAAUUAUCAGUGCUAAAUGCUGUGUAUAUCACUCCAUAAAAUAAGAACAUCAGAAAGAUUAGCAUUGGACAUCUUAAUAAAUUAAGUUGAUAUGAGGUUAAUGUGUUGAUAAAACUAAUUUUAGACAUCUGAAGACCUUUAAAACAUUUCAUACAAUUAUUAUUUUGCAAAGACUGAAAACUGGGGACUCAAGUACUGUAACUGAUUAAAGAUGUGCCAUGCAUUAUUGGAUUAUCACACUUACAAAUCUGUUUGCCUUGUGAGUAAGUUUUGAGGAGCAUUCCAAAGCAGUAUUUUUGUUCAGAUUUCGAAUUUAAUUUUUUUUCCAAAUAUAUUACUCUUUCUAAAUACCAUUUUCCUUAACAGUGAAAUUAUUAACAUUUAACUGUAUUCUGUGUUUUUUGCUGAUUUGGUAUAAAGUUUAAUAGACUCUUAUUUAUAUUUUCUAAAAAGCUAGAUAUCAGUCUGUUAGGCAACGUUAACGAUAAUAUCCAGUCAUAAUUGAAGAGUUAUAAUUAUACAGAAUAAACACAUGUUGCCUUAAAGGGUUAUCUAGUAUCUUCCAUUUUGUUUAGCAUUGAAGCAAAUAAGCAAAGAAAAUUGAAUCAAUAACUCUGGUCAGUCAUUUGGGAGUGCAUGAAAGAUCACUUAGUCCUCUUUUUUCCUUUUUACUCCAAUGGUUCCCAAAAUCAAUAUGCACAUCACUGGGAUUAUAUGAUUUUUUUUUCUAGGUGUGCCGCCCUUUCUAGUUUGUUCUGAGAAACACAGGCAGUUGAUGUAUGUUUAUAUUUUGAGACAGCUGUCAUGGGGAGACCGCAGCCUUAGUAUGAUAUCUUGCACAAUUUGUGAAGCAUUUAUUCUACUGAAGGCACAGUCUUGUUUAUAUUUUCUGCACAUUUUGGUGUAUUGGUUGUUUUAAAUUAUUUAAGUUUUAACUUGUGAAAGCAUAUAAUAUGAUUUCUUAGUGUUUUAGAAAUACAUUAGAGUCUGUGAGUCUUUCCUUCUUUCAGAUACAGAUGUGUGGAUUUCAAUAUAAAGUUGCAUUUGCCAAAAUUUACCUGUGUAGCUUGUUAAUUUUCUUGGAAUAAAAUUUUGCAUUUUUCCAGUUAUACAAUUAACCUUUUUUAUUUUGUCUAGUGAGCUAGCAUGAAGUACUGAGAAUGUAGCCAUUAUGAAUUAUUAUCCUUUGCAGUCACUGUAUUCCCAAACUGUAAAUACAUGAAUGAUGGGGACCACAGGAUUGAUAAAUGAUAUUAUCUACAGUAGCACUAUUGUGUAGUUUAUCAUAAUUACCCAUCUAUCUGUUCUAAUAUGUCAGUUAUAUUUAAAGUUACAACACAGUAUUUGACAUUAACUUCACCGUUUAAUUUUGGAAUAUGUGUAUGUUUGAAGCACAACAUCAUGAGUUGGUCAAUCAUAAAGAACACAGAUUUUUCUUAAUUUUGGGAGAGACAAGACUAGAGCUCUUAAUUCAGUAUUUGUUUAUCUUGUCCUUUGUUGCAGUUUUAUGACCAGCAAGUUAAUAUAUACAUACACAAGCAGCAGUCGAUAAUGGAAAUGCUUAAAUUUGUAUGAUAACAUUAUACAACAUAUGCAACAAUUCAGACAGUUGCGUCCAUAUGUGAUCAGACAACUUGAUCAAAGAUUUGGUGAGCAAUCUGUUUGACCUCACAUACACUUUUAUACUGAGGUUGAUUGGUUGAGAGGCAUGGCUUUAUAUACUGUGUUGAAACAGAAAAGUUGCUAAAAUAAUGAGUCCUCAUCAGUAUAAGAAUGUUUUAGAACGUAAUUUGAAAUGGGACCAAUAAACUUCUACCAAAAGGACAUUUUUAUUACACUGAAAAAGGCUUUGAAAUUAAGGUAAUUAAGCAGUUGUCAGAGAUAGCAAGAAGGAAUAAAAACUGAAUUGUAUGUUGAGAAAAAUUCUGAAAGUCAUCCCACUUAAGUUUAUUAAAAGGUUGAUUGGCAAUAACUUCAGUCUAAUUUCUAUAAAAUAGUAACCUUUACAAGGAACAUAGAUAUUACAUAUUGUAAUAAAGAAGUAAAUAUAAAUAAAGUUGUAAAUAAUGUUAUAGUUGUAGAAGUAGUCAGUUCUGAGGAUUAGGCAGAAAAUUUUCAACUAUGAAAUUUCAAAAGCUGCAAAUCUGGGCCUGACCUAACUCCUAAUAAAGUCAGUUGGUGUUUUCCCGUUAACUUCAUUUGUAGCAGAAGCGGGCCCUAACAUUUCUAUAGUACUAUGCUUCUGAAAUACUAAGAAGGCUGUGUUUACUAUGCAGUGGGAAAAGAGAAAAAAAAAUUAAAAAUAUUUCCCUGGAAGUUUUGCAAGCAGUAACUGAUGUAAAUUAAAAUAAUAAACAGUAAAUAAGUCUGAAAGCAAAUAUUUUGAUAAAUGUUUUUCUUUUGAUAUGAAUAUGAUUCCUUUGGCUAUAAUGAAAAUAUGCAACUGUAUUACUACCUGGCAGAGGACAGGUAUUUUUUCUUAAGUGAAUUUUUAUAAUUGUUCCAGUAAGAAGUCUUGUGACAGAAGUAUUUCCUGUUAUUUUUCUCCAGCAUUAAAAGGACAAGGGGAUGUUCAGUGAAAUUAAUAGCCAACAUACAAAGUAACAUUUUAUGCAAAGUUAUUACUCAGUGGAACUCACUGGAACAGGAUGUCAAGUAGUUUAGAGAGAUUCAUACAAGAACUGUAUGUAUGCAUGAAUUAAAGCAAUGCUUGCAGUUUUUGUCAUCAGUGUCAUUUUGAUCCUAGUCAGCAUAUCAAAACUAAUGUAUUAAGGUAUAAAUUCAAAGGAGCAAGAAGGUUCAUUCCAAUUCAUACACUGUUGUGUCACAGUAUGAAAAGCCUUUUCUUUCAUUUUAGUACAGGAGUUAAGCUAUUGCCAAAGCUAGACUACAGGGCUGGUAGGUUUCUGUUUUCAGAAUAGCAAAGAAUAUCACACUGUUUUAUAUCUGCAUUGAUCUUUAAUGCUCAUGGGUAAUGUGAAGUUAAAGGUUUUAAUUUUUUGAUGACAAAAAAAAAAAGAGUAAGAACAAAUUCCCUGGAGAAAAGGCUGUCUGCCUCUGUUGUUUUCCUGCCCUCUGUAGCCCCACUAGCCCUUUGGCAGCCUCUCCAUCAAUGCUUCUACAAGAGUAAAUGUUUCCUAUUCUGAGUGUUGUAUUUACCCUUCUCCUUGAGAAGUAUGUCAGCCAUCCCUCCUCCCCAGUAGAUAAGAUCCUGCAGCACCUUCCCAGUGUUGUCAGUGUCUGGGUUCCCUUCCUGAGGAGAGAGAGGGACCGCCAGUUCCUUCCAGCUGGUUUUGCAGCUCAUGGAGUCAUCAUCUCAGGGCACUUGGCUAGUGCACUGGGUAUCUCUGUCUUUGGUCAUGAAGCAGAUGCAGCUUCAGCUGUGCAGAGAAAAAUGAGAAUUGGGAAAAGACAGCUGGAAACAACUUUCCCAAAUCCUUCAUAACGAAACCACUGUUCUUGUUGCAUUGCCCAAGGGCAUAUUAUUUUUUUAAAGCAUAUUUGGUGUUAAUGACCUUCUAAAUAAAUAAAACAUACAUUUAGCCAAUUAAUGCGAGUUUUUUGGUACAGCUACAAAAUUUUAUUAUAAAAUGGUUUUCUGUCAGUCUCUAGGCCUUGGGGGCAGAGGAAUCCACUCUAUCUGCUUUUAAGUGCAUUGUGUUUGUUCAGUUGUAUUGCUUUUGCUUUGCCUUUCAAGCAUGUCAACAUUUUAUUUAUAUUAACAGGAAUCCAGUAUUGCAGCAAGCUGUUAUUACACAUGGGUUUAAAAAAAUUAUAUAACAGGGAACUAAUGAUUUUUGAGGUGAAAGAGGGAGGUAUUUCAACAAGCAAUUGGGUUUUAGCAAAUGUUGAAUAAAAAGGUGGGUUGCUGGGCUCUUUCAUAGUUACACAGUCAGCUCUCAAUUAUUGAAGCUAGAAAUGGAGUAGACUAAAUUGCACAGAGCUAACACAUAGAUAAUACCAAGCAUGUCCACACUGGAUAAGAAUUUCUAUGUGUAUUACAUUUAUCAAGGAAUGAAGUUAAGCUGAAGUAAAAAGUGAGAUCAGAAAUUCAAAGAAUGGUGGGUGGUUUUCCUUUUUUUUUCUGCUUUGUUUUAGCAUAGCACUGCUAAUCUGCAGCCUGGGUUACACACCCACAUACAACUGAGGGUUGCCUGUACAAUUCUGCAUAGCACAUAGACAACUUCCUUCUAGUUUAUAUUCAUUGAGAGCUGUAUGAGUGCACACUACUAAUCUGAUUGACUUUUCAGAGAAAAGAGAAGGCUCAGUCUGAGAUACUGUUCAAUAGAGGUUCUCUGCUUUUGUAUAAUGAAGUGAUUUUGAGUGUGAAGAAAUCAGUGAUCUAAAUCAGUAAUGAUCAUAAGCCUUCUCUGGCCAUGGUCAUUAAAAACAGGACAAGAUGACAUUUUGCAAUGCAUAUGCCAGCAACAAAUCAAAGAGUUUGAUAUUAUACACCAAGACUUUCCUUGAGUGGCCUGAAAAUAGCUCAUGCUUUAUCUUCAGAAAAAUGAUGAAGCUAUCCACUUAAAUGGAUAAAAUCUUUAACUAGCCAGUGUAGAAAAAGAAGGGUGAACUUUAAAGACUGCUCAUUAUAAAUAGUGAAGAGUUUUUGUGGUGUUUUUGUUUGACUGAACUGUGUAAUUACAUAAGUAUAUGAUGAUCAAAGGAGUCUCACAGUAAAUAAGUUAGAUUUUUUAGUAUUCUAAAAAGGAAAUAAGUAACAACAAUCUACAGACAUUUGAAAUUAAAUAAUUACAGUCAUCUAUAUGUUUCAUAAAUUUAAAUAACAAAAUAAUUAUUUACAUUUUUAGUACUUAGUUAUUUUAUGUACUUAAAGAACAGUAUCUUUAGGCAGUGAAUUGGCUGAUGCAGUCCAAUGAGAUACUUCUUCAUAUGACAGGUUUUGUACUAUGCUUUGUACUUGAUAAGUAUGAGAGAUAUAAAAAUAGAAUUUACCUGAUAUAAUCGUCAACAAACUCUGCAAUAGGUACAACAAGACUUCUCCAAAUGUUAGGCAAAUUACUGUCGCCAGAGAUUAUUCAGAAUUACCCUGUGCUAAUUCAUGAAAAGUCUACUUCACCUUUAUUAAAGGACCAUCUGGUUAAAGAUGUGUAUUUUUUUCAUCCUUUCAUGGGUUUACUAAGACAAGUUUUGCUCUAAUGUAGAGUUAAAAAUCCCAAGUAUGAAAUUAUUAAUUUGAAUUUCAAUCAUUAUGCCACCUAUACGUGAUAUUGUUACAGUCACGUGCUUCCAGUUCAUUCUUUCUCUUAUUUCCAUGGUAUGUUAAAGUUUCAGUUUUAGGAAUGAAGAGGUAAUCUCUGAAAAGCAAGUUGAAGGGAAGAGAAACAAUAGCCAGAAAUCCAUUGUUAAUGUUACCUUUGCAAGGCAGAAGGUUUUCAUAUAUGCACUGCAUUUUCUACAAGGCUGUGUUGUAUCAGCUUCUCUACUGUUUGCCAUUAAUCCAAUGCGCAGGCUGGAAGGUGUAGAGACCUUCUCCGGAUCUUCGCUCGGGAAGACUGGCCAUUAUUACUGUUUGCUAGUGUGUGUAUGCAGGAUGGAUACAAUUCUCAUGUCACCGUUAACUGCAACAUUUUCUGAGCCCUUUUAUUUUCAUUCUGUAUCCAUCGAGCUCAGGCGUGUUAACAUCCUUAUGCAAACUGAAGAAAUUGCUAAAAAUAGAAAGUGUUGCACUGUAAUAAUCUUGGUGGAUCAGAUUCUUCAGAUGGUAUAAGAGGGUAGCACAAAUACUCAAUGACUACUCUAGACAGAAGGUUGAAGGAUGCAACAAAGUUUUUAUCUGUAUUCAUGAGCAAGUUGAAAUCUUGCUGUUGUCCCAUAGUGAAACGCUCUCCUGUGGAACUGGCCCUCCACAGGCCUGCAAGCCACUCCAUGUUGAGUUUAAGUAGAACUGUGGUUGUACAUACUCUGAGUACUUACAGGUGAAAUUCAUCAGUGAGCAGAGAUAAGAAAUGCCUAGACAGCAUUCAUAGAGUACAGACAAGUGAUAGGUGUUUGUCUUAUCAAAACAGAAGUAGGAACAGAAGAAACAGAGGCCCAGGGAUAAAUGUUUCUUUGUAAGCUGGUUGGGAUUUCAUGCCCUCUUUUAUUCUUGAUUUUGGAUUGGAUUUUUUUUUUUUUAAAUUCAUGCCAUUUCAGUUGCUCUAUUCCAUCCCACCCAACACCAGUGGAGCAUUUGAUUUUAUGCUUAAUCAAGUUUGUAUAUUCUUUAAAAUACAUAUCUAAUAGUAAAAUAUAUUUGUAACUUUGUGCUUAUUAUGGAGAUACGUAGCAGUGUUUGUUCUUACUCAUUUCCAUAAGCAUUUUCUGUGUUACAAACACAAAAAUCCUAUUUUCAAAAUUAAGUCACUCUACAAUUAUGUUUCCUGAUUUUUCUCUAAAGGUUUUUGAGCUUUGGAAAUUUCUCCUAUUUGUUCCAGAACACUAAAUGCAGAUCCUUAGGGCACACCACAGGGAACAUUUGAUUUCUCUGACUGCAGGACUGUUUGGGCAUCAUGAGAUUGGAAAUGUAUAUUUAGCUCCUGUAUAAUAAUUUAUGGUAAUGACUGGGCAAUAAAACUGAUAGUGGAAUAAGAUAUUUGAGUAACUGCAGCUUUAAAAUACAUCGUAAGAUAUCUAGCACAAAGGAGAAGUGCUCCUUUUGUAAGAUGAUUAUGUAAAUGAAAAGUAAACACACACACACAAAUGAGUACAGUUCUAUAGGAUUUUGAUUAACAUAUUUAGUCAUAACUCUAGAAAGAUGGGCAUAAAGCAAAAAAAAAAGAAAAAGUAGCUUACCAUUCAAUAUGUAAUCCUUGUAACUUUGGCUUGAUUCCUGCUAUCCCUACUCUAGUAAAAUUUUCCUUCUCUUUUGUGGAAACUCAUCUCAAUAAAGACUACAAGAUUUUGGUAAUAUAUAUCAGUGUUUAUCUUUUUUACUUGACUAGUUCUCCAUGAGAGCAUGGCAUAAGCAGGACUUUAAGUGUAAUCUCUGUCAUAGUGUAUGUGCAAAAGCAACAUUUUGAUGGGUGUCAAGAGGGAGUCUAUACAUAUAUAAAUAUAUUUCUCAGACUCUCCAAAACAGUGUAGUAUAGUUGAUACACCAAGUAGGGACAGCUCAAGGCCUGGUGAAGGGCAUGGAGUAUCACACUCAAGUAUGAUAAGUGAGUAUAAACUCAGGUGCAAGGAAGGUGAGGGACAUUUAAUAAUGACUUCCUAUGUUAAUAGUUGUAAAUAAUGCUUUUGGACUCAUUGUACACUUUCUUAUAAGUUUCUAAGUAGCAGUAAGGGCAUCUGCAGUAUGGUGGGGUGUGCUGCUGCAGCUGAGUCCUUAUUCCCUCCUUUAUUACAUAGGGGUGGACUGAAACCACUACACGUUAUAGGUGGUUCCUGCAUCAAGCACCUUGUGUGGUGGUAAUAUUCACUAAACUCAUCAGCCUAGUGAUUUAGUCUAGGUGGAAUAUUUGGUCACAGUCAAAGUUCUGAAAUUUGUUUUUCUUUCAGUGUUUUCUGUGAGUAGUUUCUGUUCUUAAUAGGUGGAAAGAAGUGCAUGUAAAGGGAAUGUGUAUGUUGAGCAAAUCCUUUUUGGCCUAGUCUUGGUGUGAGGAAUUUUAUAAGGGUGGAGAUGGAUGUGGAAGCUCCUCAUAGUUUUACCACCUCUUUCAGACACUUUUGUAUUUUGGCACAGUUAGCAUACUUGCACACAAGGGGAUCCAAUGGUGUCCCUCCUGUUAGCAUUCUCUUUCCAAUGUACAACCCCAGAAAGACAGACACUGUUUUUUGUGGAGACUCUUCUAUAGAGAUGACUUUCCUCUAAGAGGCAUGUAGUCACAAAAGCUGAGAUUUGUUUUAUCUUUCUGUAUUGGAGAAAACAAGUCUAUGUUUUAUCUUUUGCAUUCAAAUUUCAUGUUAAAUUUGCUUCUUGGUAUACUAACUUAAAGCCUAUUGCCCCCUCCCAUCCAGGAAGACCACCAGCCUAACUGGGAAACACAGUUUCAGUGGGAAUAUUGUAAUGCUUUGGCAUCAUGAAUACUUGACAUGAUAACAAUUAUUGCAACAUUUGAUUAUAUGAAACCCCUGAAGGGGUUAAUUUCCUGCUUUGACAAUUUCCUUGUGCAAAUAUUUUCAUUCCAUUUCAUGCAAGACAGGUUUGGCAAAUGUGGAUGCUUUUGGUGGUAUUGACAUCUAAGUUAUGCCAUUUAAGGACAAGUGCUGACUGAUAAAUAAUUUAUUCAUUUAGAAUUCAGAAGAGACUGUGUAAAACUAGCUACCACAAAAAAAACCAAGCAGUGUUUUCCUAAGUCACAUAUGUGAUCCAUUAAACAUUGGCUUUGGUACCUGGGUAUUGUCAAACUUAGCAUUUAGACCUAAUACAGAAUUAGAAGCCAAGCUGUCAAGAUAAUUUCUAGUCUGAAUAUAACUAUAUAUAUAUAACAGUAUAUAUAACAAAAUGUUAUUGUUAUAUAUAUUCUACUUGACUGCUUCUUUGCAAAUAUUGAAAAAAUGUGUAUGAUAAGAUGCAGGUGGAAAAGCCUUGACCAUACUGAGAUUAGUAAUAAAAUGCCUGUUGCUUUCAGUGAAGGCAGGAUUCUCUGUAUAAACUUUAAUUUCUAAACACAAUGGAUGUAUGCCAUACAAUUGGUGUAUACAUUAUACUCAUGGAUGGCCAGCAUGUCUGAUAAAUGAGUUUUUAAGGCCCAGUUCACAUUCUUAAGCUUUCUAGUUCUGUUUUCUUUAUAUCAAAGUCUUCAUACUAUGAUCUUGAAGAAUUGAAAUCUAAACUCCUGUUGUAAUUUGUGUUUAUAUAACCAUGGUGCUUGAUAGCUUCUUACAGAAAAUUACCUCUUUGUAUUAAGUUCUGUGAAAAAGCAGUCUCUGUCUAAAAGUAAAUAAUUAAAAGAUAACACCAGAUGGGUGGGAUUCCAAGAAAUUAUGAGACAGUGCUGUUAAGUUCAUUUUGAGGCAAUGCUGGUAAAUGUGAUGAGCAAGGCCAUCCCAUCAUAUUCCAGCUUUUUUUUUUUCUUCUUUUUGAGAGCAAGAGAGAUGAUUGAAAACUAAAGUUUUAAAAGAAUUAAAAAAUAACAAGGGGGUGGAUUCUCAGAAGAGAAGAGCAGCUUGGGAGAAAGUACAAAGGCUGUUCCCUGAAAAUGUAAUUGUCAGUGAUAAUUGUCAGUGGUAGCCUGUCGACAUGAGCAGAUUGGAAUCUCCUGAUAAAGAGAAAAAGAUGAUAAGCCAAGAACAGCAGAAUGAAGUCACAUUGAAGCUGAGGGAGGAACAGAAAAUGACUACUGAUUCACAGCAUUAGUUGGAAAGAGGUCAUUAGAGGUCAUGUUGAAAGUAAGGUUCAGUGAAAACAACUGGUGAAAGCCAAGGACAUUGACUCCAGAUUGUGAUUGCAGUCUGUGAGCUUGAAAGGGAGAGGUAUAAUAAAAUGGUAGAAUAGUUACCAAAAUAAGAGGGAUACAGGCCACUCUCCCCCCUUUUUUUUUUUUCUUUACUAAUUAAGGAAGAGACUGCAUAAUGCCAGAAUUGUUAGGUGAGGAGACAGAGGACAGAAGAAGGUAAGGAAACUAUAAAGGAGUGGUUGAGAGUCGGGACUAGUUAUUGGAAAGGGUGAUAGGAGGUAAGGAUAGCUGAAAGACAUCUGGCAGAAAGACCAGGACUGGAUGAAUGUGCUUGGAGUAAAGUGGGGAGAUGUAGAUUUGAGAUUCCAGGAGUUGGAGGACUCUGGGAAAGAAGGAUGAUAAUAACAAGAAAGGGGAAUCAUAUCAGUCAGGGAAAGGGAGGAGCAAAGAAGUGAUGAGCAGCUGUCUUGCAGGAGGAGGGCAAGAGCCAGUAGUGAGGGUUGCCCAGACAGGAACAGAUUGCUGUUGUCUCUUAGAAGUUCUGCUUCAAUGACAUUGUGCUAACCCAUGGUAAAAGGAAGCAAUACCAAGGGAUUCCAACACUGGUGAGGUCUGGACAGAUGUCCCCCACCAUGGCCAGAGGGUUGGGACUAGAUGACCUUUAAAAGGUCCCUUCCAGCUCCAACUAUUCUAUGAAUCUAUGAACUGUCAUUACAGUACUCUCAAAGUCUUGUAACCAGUAUUAUAUCUAAGUUCAGUAGGAGCUUGAAGAAUGACUGAAUAGUAUCCAUCAUUUACCAUUCUUUCCUUUUUAACAUUUUAACAGGAUUUUCUGUUCUACUUCCAUAUUCUUUUUCUUGCUCUUUUUGUCAUGUUACUCUACUAAGAAAAACUACAUGUUCUUCGUGACACUAUGUAUUUAGAGCAUGUUGGUCCAGCAAUUUUGAUAACUUUCAGACGGAAUGAUAGCUUUUCAGAACAGUGAAAGUGCAGUUUUUGUACAAUUUGAGAGCACUGCAGUGUUUUAUUACCAUUGUCUCCCUUAAUGGUGGUAUCUUGGUCUAGUGAAGUGACCAUUAGGAUGAAAGCCAGUUACUUCCAGGUUCUCAUUGCAGCUUUGCCACUAAAAUCACUGCAUAGGUGACCUUGGGUGAUUUGUAUAAGCCAACUUUUCAGUAUCCAUUAGUUAUAAGCAAUUCAAGGACACUUUGGGCUACCAGUUUAAGACACUAGUAAAUCAAUUUCCUAGGGAAUGCAGUGUCCAUAAAUAUAAAUUAUAUUAAUGUGGUUGGUAUAUGGGUGCUAAAAUUAAUCAGAAAUGUUCUAUUUGAUUUGUUUUGCCAAGUCUUGGUCUUCUGCAGGAAAUUUCAGCUUUCAUGUCUCAGACUUUUCCUUCCUGAACAACUGAAAAUAUUAUUUGAAAUUCUGUAUCCUGACCACCCUUUAAGAUUAGGGCCAACAGUACUUCCAGAUAGUCUUCAAAAAAUAAGGUAAACAAAUUAGUGGUCAGCUUUAAAAUGUGUGUUGGAAACUUUUUUUCCUGCACAGUUUACCAGUUAUAUUAAAUGGCUAAUAAUAUAACUUACUUGAAGGAUGAGAUACUUAAUUAUGUAAUGUUUCUAGAUUUCUGAAACUCAUUGUAAGUCAGGAUUUACCCCUGUUGAUUGGCAAGGCCAUCGUAAGAUGCCCCCAGCUGCUCUAGGCAAAUAAAUAAUUUUUAGAGUUUUUCAGUUAAAGGUUGAUGAGACAGUGUGGUGGUCAGCUGACAGUAGACUGCAGCCCAAAAGCUUGGAGACAAAUAUGACAGAUGAUUUGGGAUGUUCAGAUAACCUCAUCUUGCCAAGAGAUAUGUUCAUUAAAUUGUCAAAGAACUGAAAUGUAUGCAUUGUCCAUCCAUCUGGCAUAUAAUUUAAUUGCAGCUGAAUUCCUGACCUCAGAUAUGAUAUAAGCAUUUCUGAGUAGACAUGACUGAUAAAUGUGCAUAAACAGAGGCACUUAGAAUAAAAAUGUGUUUUAAAAGGAGAGUAAAAACACUUCUGAGAUCUAGAGACUCAUGACAACAAUGAUAGAUGGUAACAUACUCAAAUAAAAAAAUUUUACCGAGUACUAAAUAAUAUUUUAAAAAUAUUUGCACAGGAUUUUUAGUACAACCAAUAAAGUCUCUCCAUAGCCUGAAGAAAGGUGUCAGCAGUUGAAGUGCCUGAAACUGAGAUACUGAAUUAAUCACAAUGAGUUUUCUGAGGGCUGAAUAGAUAAUCUGCAUGAUUUUAAAUAUUAAAAGCCUUUGUCAGGGUAGAUGUGCCUGCAAAAAUGCAAGCUGGCAGUUACACAUGAUUAAGUCACAGUUGUCUGAGCAAUUCUAUAUCUGGGUUACCACAAAAUAUUAUAAAUAAAAACAAGUAUUGAUACCUGAUUUCUUCUAAAUUUACUUCUAUCAGGCAGCAAUGUUGUUAUCAGUUAGGUGGAUUUCAGAAAUGUAAUUUAACAUCUUAGUAUUUGAAAUCCUGUCAUACCAGUACAAUGUUAGAACCCAAACCUGCAGAACCUGGGUGAUCCGUAAUAACCCUGUGGGAAUAGUAGCACUGUGGAGGCUCGGUGUGCGCCUUAGGGGUCUGCAUGAGCAACCCAGCUCCCCUUCAGUAUCACUGGAGCUUCAACAAACAGGCUGAUGGUUUGAUUGAUGCGUUUGGAGAGAGGUUCUCUGAAUUCUUGAGGCUUUCAAUAUAGGCAUUUAAAUCAGAGGCUGAGGCUUGAUGGUGAACACCCUUUCAGUCUUUUUUCAGGUCUCACUAUAUGAACACUGCCUCACUCUCAAGAUUGACUGUAAAGAAAAGAGAAGACUCAUUCUUCUUUCACUGUGAAGGAGAGCUGGUGCGUGAAUUUAAACCUCUACACAAACAGAUGGCAACAUUUUCUUUUCCACUCCCUUUUCUCGGCAUGGAGCAUCACUGUCUUCAAGUCACAAAUCUGGGAAUAUGUUUAUCAACAGAGCUAAUAGCAAAACCUGUCUGUGCUGUAUGAGCACUUUAAAGAGUGAUAAAUUUCUCAGUUUCAUGAGCAUGUUGAAAACCUACUUCACUUGUGAGCAUUUCUAAACAGCUUGUCAAUAGCUAUUCCUGUCAAUGAGGCUAUUGUGAAUACCCAGGGGACACCCAUGUCACCUGUGUGGGUGCCUGCUAGUAGAUUCCUCAAUAUACACUUGGAGUUUAGUAGUUUCUUAGGGUAAAGACUUCUGCCAGAACCCAACCUGAAGAAUGUAAAAACAGACUUGUAAUAUUUUGCAACUGGAGGUACAGGGUUUAGAUAUUUCUAUGGCAAUUGUCCUAUCAGCACUUGAUCUUCACAAGUACUGCCUCACUCUGUCAUUUUUUUCCUUUCUCCUUUUCCAGUUGCUACAGCCUUAAGACAAACCAACUGAAGAAUUCAAUCAAAAUAUUCAACAAAAAUUCACCAAAAACUAAUUCAUGUCCUGAGCUAGCUCUGCUUGAUACCCCCAUGUUUGCUUCCAAGUGUCUCAUUGUAGGAAGACAGAGAUCAUUCCCAGGUGAAAACUUAGAUUUACCCUGUGAGGACUGUUUAAAUCUCUAAAGGUUUACAGCAUCUGGUCGUUAGUCUAUCUUAUUUUUUGAGUGUUAUGGAGGCUCAAAAGCAACCUAAAGCGUGAAAUGCUCCAUGUCCCUUGUCACAGGUCCUUGCUUCAUCUCCCAGUGACCAUCCCAUAGUGCCUUCCUACACAUAACAUCUAGCAAAGAAUCCAAACACAGUGAGUCUGGUCAUUUCAAGCCAUUGUAUGGAGGUUAUGCCUGUCCCAUUGCUACUGCUUGAAGGUCAUGUUUAAAAAAGGUGGCAUAUCAGCUCUUGAAAGUACCCUCCUGAACGCAGGCUUGCAUCCAAACAGUUCAAUCUAUGGCUUUAAGCCACAUGCAGCUCACCAGGUGAUUUCUACAGUCAGAGGGGGUGAGCAAAUGCUUCUGUACGUGGAAGCUGUGGUGGCAUAGGCAUGUCCAUAGCCAACUGGUUCACAAGUCGGAAUGUCCUUUGUUGUCCUUGCUUAUGGGUCUGACCCAAGUACCACCCUGAGCAGCAAGGGUUGUUUCUGAGGACCAAAGAAAGAAUAAACCAUGAUCAUUGAAGGGUGGGCAAAGGGAGGAACUGCCACAGGAGGGAGGAGAUGGACACUGGAUUUCAGUCUGAAAGAGGAGAUCACACAGCUGACAGAAAUUAUAGUGUCAGAGGCAGGGUACCUGAGAGCAGCAUGGAUGCUUGGAAGAGAGAGGUGGUGUGGACAGACUAUAAGAGAUACACAAGUUUUGGGGCAAGGAAUAGAAGAAAUGCAUGGGCAGGUAGGCACAUGGCUCUUGGUGGGAGAGUGUGGUUUGAAAGGCUGCUGGAAUAUACCAUAUUUUUGUAGCAAUUCUGUGCAUCACACAGUCAUCUUAGACACAGCCAAAGGGUCUGUGAUUUAGGGGGAAUUGUGAAGUGUGCUUAAAAGAAUGAGAAAAAUGCAGUCUGAAAGUUCUCAAGGAGUCUGAGGGACAGUGGCAGUUGGGCCUGGUGAUCCUGUGUCCUGUUUCUUUCCAGGACUGUUGCAGUUCUGGUACACACCUCACUGAGAGCAGAGCAAGGCAGGGGGAAGGUGUGGGAGACCGUGCUUGAAGGAGGUGUGUGGUUCGAUGCUUUCCCUGCAACCUCUCUCCCAGUGUACUCCUGAGAGGCCUUAAUUGGAACUGAAAACUGCUGCUCCUUGGCAGAACUCCUGAGGGAGAAGGGGAACAGCAUUGCCUUGCACCCUCGUGGGGAUGAUUUCUUUCCUUCUUUUCCCCCAGUGUGACACAAGAAGGGAAAUUAAUAUUGCAGUCCAUUGAACCUACUUGGUGAAUCUGGCAUAACGUUAUUUAAAAUGACUGAGAUUUUUACUUUUUUUUAAAUUUAUUUCAUCUACCAGCAUUUGAAAAACCUUGAAGAUCAUAUUAUGUGCACAAGCACAGCUAAUUUGUUUGUUGCAAGGACCCCAGUCAUAGAGUAUGUAUAUCCAAGGCAAUUGUGAAUUAAGACUUAAGCCAUUCAAGCAAGUCUGCAUGUGAGUAAAUAACAUUCAACCUAUUGGUUCCCAAAAAGUAUCCAGGCAGAGCCCAGAGAACCGAUGCUUUCAGCACAACACUGCCCUCUGGAGCUCUCAGAAUCACUUUCAUUGCAAACCAAACAAAGGACAUGGAGAGGAAAAACAGGAAAAAUCCUUGGUCUCCAAUGUAAAAAUGAAUAGCACAGUGUUCACAGUGCAGUGAGUAAUGAAAGCAGCUAUACUGCAAAAACAAUGGAAAUAUAAAGACAUUCAUCCCCAUCACAAAUGCCAGCAAAUAUUUUUCAGCAUUGUGUGAAAGGCAGAAGGAAAUUGAGAAUUUUAAACAGACCUGGAAAGAGUGACAGAGAGUAACAAAAAUGCUUUUUAAUUUUGCUUAAAUGUGUUGGCAGCAUUCUAAGAAAAAAAAUCAACAAACUAUUGAGAAGAAAAAAUAAUUUGCUCUGAAAAAUCUAUUUUAGAUGCAGAUCUUUUUCUGCUGUGCAUCCUUUCCCAUUUUGAUAGUGUUUGUGUCAACGCAAAGAUGAUAUGUUACCUUGUGCUGUCAAGAGCUUACCAAAAUAAACUUCAUCAACAAGGCAUUAAAUAAUAAUAUCACCUUUCCCCUGAAGUUUUUAUAUUCUCUGUGAUGUACUUAUGCAUAUUUUUAAAAGAACUUAAAUUAUUGAUUCUCUCCUUCCAUCAAAUCUGUCUAAGCAGUGAAGUGUAUAUAGAAUGCAGUCUUCUACUAAGCUCUGUUAAAGAACAACCCACAACCCUUAACUGAAAGCAUGGGCUGUUAGAAGUGAAUUUCUUGAGUUUAUGAAGGUCUGAAUCUUGCACAUAUAGUCUGUAACCAGUAAAAACUCAUCCUUGACGAUAUUUCUGAUAGCAGAUAUUAUUCUCGUAAUAUGUGCACAGAAUUGGAUUUAAGAGAUCAGGGAUUUAAGAACCACAUUCCAAUACCUUCUCCACACAGUGUUUUUUGAUUAGAGUGAAUGAUGGAAAGCUGAGGUUAGAAGGGACCUCUGGAGGUCAUCUAGUGCAAGCAUCUGGUCCAAGGAGUAUCAGCUAGAGGAGGUUCAGGGUUCAGGGGCCAUGUCCAGUCAGGGUCACACUCAGGUUCUCAGUACUUCCAAGGGAUGGACGGUCUACAACCUCUUUGGGCAACUUAUUCCUCUGUUUGACAACCUUCAUAAUAAGGAAUUUUUUUCAUAUUUUUAAGUAGUAUUUCCUGAUUUUCAGUUUGUGCAUGUUGCCUCUCAUCCUGUCACACUGGAAGCAUCUGACGCCAACGUCUUUACUCCCUCAAUCAGGUAUUUAUACACACUGAUAAGAUCCCUCCUGAAACAGUCCCAGCUCUCUCAACCUCUCCCUAUAUGCCAUGUGAUCCAAGUCCUUGAUUGUCUUUGUGCGACUUUGUUGAACUAUCUCCAAUAUGUCCAUGUCUCUUGUACUGGGGAGUCCAGCACUGGUCCCAGUAUGCCAGAUAUGUCUCACCAGUCUGGGCAGAUGGGAAAGAUCACUUCCCUCAUCCUGCUGGUAAGGCUGCUUCUAUAGCAGCUCUGAAUGCUGUUGGCUGCUUUUGCCACAGGAGCUUAUUACUGGCCCAUGUUCAAUUUGGGGUCCACCAGGAUUCCAAGGGCCUUUUCAGCAAAGCAGCUUUCCAACCAGUCAGCCCCCAGCCUGUGCCAGUGCCUGGGACUCUUCCUCCUGAAAGGAAUUUGUGGUGCAAUUCAGUGUUAUCAGGAUAGUAGCUGCCAAUUUUGAAAAGAACAGAAGUAAGAACUUGGGAAUAAAUGUCUUGUGUUACUGUAGUUGAAAGAAAGGUUAUCUGAAUACCAGUAGACUACGGGGAAUGGAUUGCAACAAACAAAAAUGGCAAGAAGGGGUAAGCAGUAGCUCUCCUGUGAGUGAAUGUUUGAUCAUAGAAACUGAAAUCCUGGAUGUUUCCCUCAGGGCUUGAUCUAGUAUCUAUUUAAGCCAGUAAGAGCUUCUCUAUGGUUUUGGUGGGCACUAAAUGAAGCCAAAAUGGACCAUGAAGAAAUUAAGAAAGUUUGCAUAACAGUGUUUUUAUCUAUCCUACUAAUAAUAAGCACACAGCAAAGCAAGCCUCUAGAUAAAAAUAGUGGGAAUUUCUGAAGUUAUUUCAUAAAUUAAAUUUUAAAUUGAAUUUAAAAAUAUUAAGUAAGAACAUUAGUGGUCUUAGCCUCAGUGAAAUAAACAAUUGUUUACCUGCAAACAAUUAAUUAUGUACAUAAAUGUUUGCAGGACUGAUACAUAUAUGGAAAGGAGAUCUGAAGUAAAUAGUAACACAAAAAUGCUACUGUCCUCUCUCCAUUGUUCAGGGAAUAAAAAUUAGUUUGGCAUUAUGAGAUUUAAAUUCCUGUAAGUGUCCUAGGCAGUUGACUGCUGUGCAAGUACAGAGGAAAGACAAAUGAUCAUAUAUUUUGCCCUGUGAGGCUAGUUAUGAAAUACUGAUGCCAACACUGCAGUAUAUAACAGAGCUAAUAAUAAUUAGCAGGUUUCAUCCUUAGUGCAGAUGACCAAGUUUAAUAGCAUGUUUUAAUUUCACUUCAGAUCCAAAUGGAUAGCAUGGGUCAGCUUGGCUGAUCUGCAUAUGUGUGUAUCAAAAUUAUUCUUAUAAGUUGCUUUUCCCUUAAUAAACUGAUUUUCCCCAAUAUUUUAUUUUGUAACAUUUAUGAGACAGAAGCUGGAAUUUAAAUACCUUUUCCUCUUCAUAGAAUACAAUUUGGAAUAAAGUUGGAAUACAAUGUUUUUGGAGCACAUGUCCUGGUUAGGUAAGAGAUAGGAUCUGAAUUUAGGAUCAUGGAUAAGGGCUGCUUUUGAAAGAUCACUUAUGAAACAGAUUUGACCCUUCAUUCAUGUCCUAAAAUAAAAAUAGAUCAGAGAGAUCUGAGGUGCUUGUUUUUGCUUCAGUGUUUUUUUAGAAAAUCUAAGUUUUCUGUACAGCAUUCAAAAGUUUACUUAUUUUACUCUUUCAUUAAAAAUUGAUCUUAAAACUCUAGAUGGCAGGUCUUCUCUUUCCAAUGUGAAGAGCUCUUCACUUUCCAUGUUUGCUGGGCAUUGUAUAUUCACUGUACAAAUACACUAAAAAAAGUUUAAACUUCCUAUUUCUGAGAGUCCUUCCAGAUGAGAUUACCAAAGCAGAAACCAUUGAUCAGAAAUCACUGCAGGAGUUACUUUUUUUCUUACUGUUGUUUAUACAAUUAUCUCUAUCAUCCAACCAUAUUUUGGUGGAUACCAGCUUUAUGACUUGAGAUCUUUAGGGUUUAUUUCUAAUGAAAUACAUUCAGACACAAAAUCUUUAUAGUGUUCCUUUCCAGGUUUGGAUAGUCAAGUUUGUCUUAACUCAUUUCUCACUGAUAGCAUUGUUAUCAUUGUCUAAUCAUUAAAGGAGUGGAAGAUCUUGUCCUCGAGGACAUCAGUUCAAGUCCAGCUCUGUCUGUGUAUUUAGCUAACUCAGAAGACAUGAUGUGGCUCAUAGUGAUUAAUAACUACAUUCUCCACAAGCUGGCAUCUUCACCGAGGUCUGCAGUAUAUCUAAUUGAAUUGGCCCCACUGAAUUUAAUCUUGAGAUCCCCAACACACCAAAAUUAAGUACAAUUUUAAGUACAGUUAUUAAAUUAUACUUUCAUUUUGCUAGAAAAUAUGGGCAUCCAACACUUAAGUGACACAUGAGAUGAAAGGUUAAUAAGAUCUCAACUCAAUUUGGAACAAUUUAAACUUUUCUUUAGAAAUAGAAUGGUAUUAUUUAGUUAAAAAUAGAGAACAAUUAUUAGAAUAUUUACUCAUUAUAGACUAAGAGCAAGUCAUUAUUUGUAGUAGUCCUCUGAUACCAGGAGUUGGACUCAAUGAUCCUGAUGGGUCCCUUUCAACUCAGCAUAUUCUGUCAUUUUAUGAUAUUAGUGGAAUCAGUAUGCAAUUGAUGAUGUGGACUAUCAUCUAGGCACACUACCAGCAAAGUCAAGGACUCUUUACCCUUGACUUCAAUAAUAUCAAGUAGAAAACCAAAAUGACCAUGGAGAUGACUGUAAUUUAGGCAUUGGAAUGCCUAAAGAUGAGGUAACUAUUUCAUCCUUGUUGAUUCAGAGGAGUGUCAAUGUAUGAUUAGAGUGUGUAUCAAAUUAAUGGGCAGAAGGUGCCUACCCAGAGGGGAACCAAGAAGGCCUACAACUGGGCAAAGUAAGAGCUCCCUGAUAAGUGACGGUGGGUCCAGAAACACUCUGCUGACCUCCCGUCCUGGUAGGCUUUCCUAUUCUGUCAAGAUCCAGAGCACAAAAUCCUCUCCUGAGGAAAGCUGAAAACCAAAGGGAAAGCAAGUAUGGAGGAAUUUUGCAUGAUGCCUUAGCGAUUAUAGCUUUUUACUAAGAAGUGUCUGUAUUGGGUUGUAGUCUACCUGAUAGUCUCUAAAAUCAUUACUGAUAAUCUUGGUCCACAGUCUGCAAAAAGAGUUUAUGCUGGAUGAAUACUUUUAAGAGUUUGCUCAGGUUGCAAACUGAAUAGCUUGGUAUCAGUAUCAGGAUAGUUAAGGGAGAGAUAAAAACACCUAAACAAUAAUUAGUCCCAAUGAUAGAAUUCAUGAUAGGGUUAAUGAAUGAUUAAUCUGAAUGAAGAAAAAUUUUAAUUGACCUAUACUUCAAUACUUUUGACUAAAUUACAAAUGUAAUUGUUAAAAGCAGUAUUGGAGGUGUAACAUACUUGCACUUUGAUACAUCAUUUGACCUAGACUUGUACAAGUUUCUGCUUAAGAAAAGGGAUACAGAAACAACUGAUUGAAGCAAUUGAGAUUGAACUGACAGUGUGAAACUGUAGACUCUGAAUUCUCAUCAAAUAGAAAAAAAAAAUUACCACAGCCUUCAAGGAUUUAUUCUUGGCCUCAGAUUGUUUCAUUCUUUUAUCAGUGACAUGGAAGAAACAAAAAUAAUUAUUGAGAAACUGUACAGGGAUUGAGGGAGCAAUAAACAAUGAGGCUGACAGGUCA